CAUGCCUCAUUUCCUGGAUUGGUUCGUGCCAGUGUAUCUGAUGAUCUCCAUUCUCAUCUUGGUGGGCUUUGGAGCUUGCAUAUACUACUUUGAGCCAGGACUACAGGAAGCACACAAAUGGCGGACCCAAAGACCAAUCAUGGAUCGAGACCUUCGGAAAACUCUGAUGAUACGAGACAACCUUGCAUUUGGGGUGCCUGAAGUCUAGUGUUCUGGUCACGCAGACCUGUGAAAGUUCCUAAAAGCAAAGUCAGUUUUCUGGAUGAAAUAACAAAGUACUCUAUGACUUGCUCAGGUCAGUUUCUGGCGGCAAG